AUGGCCCCAACAAAGAAGGUUGUCUCGACCGCCUCCUCGAACAAGGUCCUCGCUAAACCGAUGAAGGCCAAGAAGACCGACGAACUGACGUGCGGAUUGGGAGGAGGUUACUGGACGGAGCCAGCUGCCGGAACCCGCAGGACCCGUCUCGUUCCCGCCAAAUUCCUCGAUGCUGCCGAGCCGCCGAAGCGGAAACCGUCAAAGUCAACUGGCGAGAAAAGGAGGAUCGCUGCACCAUCCGAGCCGACUCCUUCGACGUCUGCCGCCCCAGCUCCAUCUGCAGUCGACGCAUUGGGCACAUUUUUGGCCAGUUUAACGGAGGAACGGCGGGAAGCUCUCAUCAGAGAAUUUGCGGAGGGUAUGCAACGGAGACAUCAGGAGCGUAUGGCGCGUUACGCAUAA